GCAUGGCUAGCCACCUUUUCUGAAGAUCGCUUGCGCUACCCGGUGCUUGUCGUUCAGGGACCAUCCCAGACGGGGAAAACGGAGUGGGUGAAGUCCUUGUUCAAGCGGCCACUCGAGCUCAAAGUGGGUUGCUUGGAAGUGUUCCCGGAGGGCAUGCGUGCCUUCGAGAGGGAGACGCACGAUGCCAUCAUCCUGGAUGAUGUGAGGGACUUGAAGUUCAUUGCGGAGCACCAGGACAAACUGCAAGGCAAAUACGACGCUCGUGUCGAGUUUGCCACCACUCCCGGCGGCACCUGUGCUUACAGCAAGUACCUCUUUGCCGUGCCAGUGGCCAUCACCAUUAACAACAGUACUCGAAACCUGGAGUUCCUGCAGACGCAUGACUGGCUCAGCUCGAGCCGCAACCGCGUCCUGAUCCAGUUCCCAGACAUUUUGACUGAAUCUUGA